ACGGGGCGCCCCCCGCCGUCGCCAUGGUGCUUUUGGCGGCUGCCGUCUGCACAAAGGCGGGGAAGGCCAUCGUCUCCCGGCAGUUCGUGGAGAUGACCCGGACCCGCAUCGAGGGGCUGCUGGCAGCUUUCCCAAAACUCAUGAACACUGGGAAGCAGCACACUUUCGUGGAAACAGAGAGUGUGCGGUAUGUGUAUCAGCCGAUGGAGAAGCUCUACAUGGUGCUGAUCACCACCAAAAACAGCAAUAUCCUGGAAGACCUGGAAACACUCCGACUUUUCUCUAGAGUGAUCCCUGAAUAUUGUCGAGCCUUGGAGGAGCAUGAGAUCUCUGAACACUGUUUUGACCUGAUUUUUGCCUUUGAUGAAAUCGUUGCCCUGGGCUACCGUGAGAACGUAAACCUGGCACAAAUUCGGACCUUCACUGAGAUGGACUCACAUGAAGAAAAAGUGUUCCGAGCUGUCCGAGAGACUCAGGAACGAGAAGCAAAAGCUGAGAUGCGCCGUAAAGCGAAGGAGUUGCAGCAGGCUAGAAGGGAUGCAGAGAGACAAGGCAAAAAGGCACCUGGUUUUGGUGGCUUUGGCAGUUCAGCUGUGUCUGGGGGCACAACAGCAGCAAUGAUCACAGAGACCAUCAUUGAAACGGAGAAGCCCAAAGUGGCACCAGCACCUUCCAGGCCUUCAGGUCCUAGUAAAGCUCUGAAACUUGGCGCUAAAGGGAAGGAGGUGGACAACUUUGUGGACAAACUGAAAUCGGAAGGAGAAAAUAUCAUGACUUCCGUAGGCAAACGCUCUACAGAAGCAGCCAAAGUUCUUGCACCACCCGUUAACAUGGAAAGUGUGCACAUGAAAAUAGAGGAGAAAAUUUCUUUGACUUGUGGCCGUGAUGGAGGGUUACAGAAUAUGGAGCUGCAUGGCAUGAUCAUGCUGCACAUCUCUGAUGAAAAAUUUGCACGGAUUCGCCUGCAUGUAGAAAAUGAAGACAAGAGGGGAGUGCAGUUACAGACUCACCCAAAUGUGGACAAAAAGCUUUUUACUGCAGAAUCGCAGAUUGGUUUGAAGAACCCAGAGAAAUCAUUCCCUAUUAACAGUGAUGUGGGUGUGCUGAAGUGGAGGUUGCAGACCACGGAAGAGUCCUUCAUUCCAUUGACAAUUAACUGCUGGCCAUCAGAAAGUGGGAACAGUUGCGAUGUUAACAUUGAAUAUGAGUUGCAAGAGGAGAGCCUAGAAUUGAAUGAUGUGAUCAUCACAAUCCCUUUACCGUCUGGUGUCGGUGCCCCAGUGAUUGGGGAAAUAGAUGGCGAGUAUCGCCAUGACAGCCGGAGAAAUCUCCUUGAGUGGUGCCUGCCAGUGAUAGAUGCCAAAAACAAGAGUGGCAGCCUGGAGUUCAGCAUAGCAGGGCAGCCAAAUGACUUCUUUCCAGUGCAAGUCUCCUUCAUCUCCAAAAAGAACUAUUGCAACAUACAGGUUACCAAAGUGACCCAGGUAGAUGGGAACAGCCCUGUAAGGUUUUCUACUGAAACCACCUUCGUGGUGGACAAGUACGAAAUCCUGUAAUGCCAGCUGUGGGGAAUCACAAAGGAAAUUUUUAAAUUAAAA